AUGGAAGCCAUGGGAGAAUGGAGCACUGGCCUAGGUGGAAUGUAUACAGAAGAAGCUGACUUCAUGAAUCAGCUCCUUGCCUCCUAUGAACAACCUUGUGGCGGUUCAUCUUCAGAGACAACGGCCACACUCUCGGCCUACCACCACGGCCAAGGUUCUCACUGGCCUAGCAGCUUUUGCUUCUCCCAAGAGAGCAGUAGCUAUAGUGGUUACUGCACGGUCGUGCCACAAGGAGAAGAUGACAAUAAUAGGAUGGAGGACGCCACGAUCAACACGAACGUGUACCUAGUUGGCGAAGAGACUAGUGAAUGUGACGUGGCUGAAUACUAUGGUAAGCCUUUGGAUACUGUCCAAGAAAACCAUGGCCAUCAUAGUAUGGUACAGCCUGAGGACUCCUUGACAACGACCACUGAUGAGAAACUGAGUUCAAAGAAGAGGAUGCGUCCCAUAUCAACUGAUAAGAACAAGAGAGCCAACAAGGCGCGAAGGAGCCAAAAAGGCGUCGAGAUGAGUGGCGACAAUGAAAAUAGCGGUGAAGAAGAAUAUACAGAGAAGGCUAGAGGCAAGCGUAAGGCCAAACUUAAGCUACCAAAGACUUGUUGUUCGGAUGAUGACGAGUCAAAUGGUAUAGACACUUCUUUCUCUAAAGAAGAUGGCGAGGACUCAAAGGCUCUCAACCUCAACGGCAAGACUAGAGCCAGCCGCGGCGCUGCCACAGAUCCUCAAAGCCUUUACGCAAGGGUAAAAAUUAAAACAAAGUUUGUCUCUAUGAUGGUUCAGAAAAGAAGAGAAAGGAUCAACGAGAGGCUAAGGAUUUUGCAAAACCUAGUCCCUAAUGGAACAAAGGUCGAUAUUAGCACAAUGUUGGAAGAAGCAGUACAAUAUGUCAAAUUUCUCCAGCUACAAAUUAAGUUAUUGAGCUCUGAUGAUCUAUGGAUGUAUGCUCCCAUUGCUUACAAUGGUAUGGACAUUGGCCUUGACCUAAAACUCAAUGCACUAACCAGAUGAUUCAAGAGACACCCUUCGGAUUUUUUAUUUUAAUUCUAAUUCUUUUUUUUUCUAUAAAUAAAUAAUCUAAUAAGAGAGACAUAGUCACAUUUGACGUUUUAUGUAUAUACUCCAAUGUUUUUUAAUUUUGCAUGUCGAGUU